AUGUCUACUAUGAGCAGAUCCAGGGCGAGCCUUUCUCCAGCAGCCUCAGAAAGGUCGACGCUACCUAUGGGAGCGUCUGCCGAACCAGGCAGCCCAGACUUCAAGUCUUUGGAACAACCUACGAGGGAGCAGCUUCUAACCCACUUUUUUGAAAGAUUCAAGUUCUACACAUCACUCUGUCUAGGAACAUCAGCCAUACUCGCAGUCUUCGCUUUCCUCUUCUUAAUACCCUUCGUGGUGGAACCUGCUAUUCAGACAAUACUAGCAGAGUUCGUGCCAGAAGCUGGUAUUUGUUCUGUCUCUGAACAUGUGCACGCUGAGACUUUAACCAAUUGCACGUGGGCGUCAUGCAGAGAAGGAUGCACGACUGCCCACACUAAAUGCCAUAAGAUACGUGUAAAUUUAGCUAGAAGACCGUUUGUAGAAAAUGCACCAGUGCCGACUGAAUGGGACGAGACUGAUCUGAAGUUUCUGAUUAACCCUGAAGGUUGCGGUUAUCCUCCACGGGUUAACUGUUCAGUGUUCGCGACUGAUUACGCGGGCCCGAGAGCUCCGAAGAUUUUCCCUUGUUACUAUAGUUUGACUAGGUCAGACCUGGUGGUGGCGAGGUACUCGUGGGAGUCGACGGUGCGAGGAUUGAUCCUGGCUCUGGUGCUGCCCACGACGGUGUUCGUGUUCAGUCUGAGCGUGCUCGCGUACUGGCACUGUCGUUGCUGCGACAGGGCGUGUAACAGACGGGUGCACGCCGAGUCCUUCGCGAGUAAAGAAGACAGCAAACUUUUGUGCGAGUUGGAUGAUGAUCCUAGCGAUGAUGUGUUCUGA